GGGCCGAGUCUCUCUCUCUCUUUCUCUCUCUCCCGUAGGGUUUCUCAAGGGUUUUGGUUUCCUUCUCAGGUGUGCUUUGCUCUCGUUCUUGAUCUUUCCGUUUUUAGGCCUUGUAAUUUGUUCGAUGGCCGCGGAGUCUCUCGCACCCACUCGGAAGAAGGGAAGACAGGAAGCCAACGGAGGGUUCACCCCCUCCAAGAAAUCCAAGCACUCUCUUCCCGAAAUGGAGUCCUUUUCAACUGGUAUAGGAACCAAAUCAAAGCCAUGCACCAAGUUUUUCAGCACUGCUGGGUGCCCAUUCGGAGAAGGCUGUCAUUUUCUGCAUUAUGUGCCAGGAGGCCUCAACGUUGCGUCACAGAUGCUGCAGAACCUAAAUAGCGCUGCACCUGCUGUAAGAAAGCAAGUUCCAGACGUUCCAUCAGCUCCUGCUGGUGUGAAGACAAAAAUCUGCAACAAGUAUAAUACUGCAGAAGGAUGCAGGUUUGGUGAUCAGUGUCAUUUUGCCCAUGGGGAGAGGGAGCUGGGGAGGCCAAUAGCACCUGGGAUGAGUUACCAGAUUGGCCCUGCUCCUGGAGGCAGGUUUUCAGGCAGGCUUGAGCCUGCUGUCCCUCCAACAGCUGCUAGUUUUGGAGCCUCUGCCACUGCAAAGAUAAGCAUCGACGCAUCCCUUGCUGGUGCCAUUAUCGGUAAGGGGGGAGUUAAUUCUAAGCAGAUAUGCCGUGUUACAGGCGCAAAGCUCUCAAUCAGAGACCAUGAGUCAGACCCUAACUUGAAGAACAUUGAGCUAGAGGGGAGCUUUGAUCAGAUCAAACACGCGAGCGCGUUGGUUAGAGAAUUAAUUGUUAGUGCAGCUGGUCCACUUAAGAGCCCUGGGGGGCCGCCUCCAGCUGGUGCUGGCCCUGCCAGCAACUUUAAAACGAAGCUGUGUGAAAACUACAGUAAAGGAUCCUGCACGUUCGCAGACAGAUGCCAUUUUGCACAUGGAGCAGCUGAAUUGCGCAAAGUGUAGGAUUGUGUCAGGUGGCGGCCUCUCUUUUUCGAUCUCGGAUGGUGUUUGUUAUCAAGAGUCUGGGGCUUCUAAUGCGUUCCGUUGAAGGAAUUAGCUUUAAAAUGUUUCUUUUUUUUUUCCCAUGUUAAAUCAUGUUACAUUGUUUCAACUAUUGCAAGGCUUUCACCGGAGGCGUUUCAAGUAGGCAGUUGCACUGUUCAUCUCGUUUUCUUGAAGCACCUGUGGGUUUUCUAAAUUGUCUCCUUUUGAAAAUUUAUAAUUCAAUCCCAAGUUUGUGAUC